UUUCAACAGCAACACCGGCUGCGAGAGCUGUCAAGAGAGGGAGAUUGAGAGCGAAAGCGAGAGAGCGAGAGUGUAUGCCAAGAGUAAAUUGCAUGAGUGUGCGUGUACAAAACUCAACAACAGCAAUUUCACCGCAACAGCAGCAGCAUCAACAACAGCAGCAGCAGUAGCAGCAGCAACUAAAGGCAACCUAAACCAACUGCAAAUAUUAAAAUAUUCAGUGCACAAAGCAAUAAACGAGUAUAACAAUUUGCAGGUAACAACAACAGCAACGAAAUGAACACACGUCGCAGCACAGGCAGCAUUAACAACAACAACAAUAACAGCAAAGUGAGCAUGAGCAGAUUCUAUGUGGCAAUAACACCGGAACUGCACACGAUCAAUGCGAAGAUCUGUCGUCUGGUCGAGAAGCAUCCCUGCAUGUACGAUCGCUCGCAUCCCUCGUACAUGCGAAAGUCGCAUGUGGAGCGCGCUUGGGAGGCCAUUUCCAAGGAAAUGAACGACGGCGUUGACAGCUGCAAGGAACGUUUUCGAAACAUUCGCACCAGCUUUGCAAGAUCUAUCAAUGUGCAACGUGGCUCGAAUCGCAUCAAGCCGUAUUAUCUGAGCGAGGAAUUGGAGUUCUUGAAGAAACAUAUAACUCCUGGCGUGCCUGUUCCCGUGAAGGGCAGACGUUCACGUGACAGCAUACGCAAAGGCGAUAACGAUGAUAACGACGAUUAUGACGACAACGAGAACGAUAACGAUGAUGAGGAACACCCAGGAGCACUGGUCCACAUAAAGCACUCGAUGAGCAGCGAUGAGCAGGAGCAGGAAAAUGACAACAGCAGCGACAGCUCCGAGUGGGUGACUCACGAGCAUGCGCAGAGUGUUGUCAGUCAGACGAAGGAGAAGCCCGAAUCCGAGUUGGCCUCCCAGAGCGACGAUGCUAGCGACGAGCAGAAGCCACCAACAACAAAUGUGUUGCCGGCUAAUUCCAUGCCACCCAUGCCACGUGCCUGCCCCAUUCCGCCCAAGAAGCGACGACGCAUGGUGGCCGAAGUGACGACACCGAAUGAGCCUGUUGCUAAUAACGUGGACACAAAUUCCGUGACUGCUGCGGAUAUCAAGCCUCCGGCUAUCGACUUUGAUGAUGCCUUUUUGCAGGGACUGCGUCCGGAAAUGAAUCACAUGAACUUCCAUCAGAAACUGUACUUUAAGCGUCGCGUUUACGAGCUGCUCGGCGAUAUUUUUGAUGAGCGCGACCGGGCCAGCAGUCAACCGCAAGUUAACGGACAGAUGGCAGCAAAUCCCUCGCCCACAUCUCUGCAGCACUUGGGUCUGUUGGCCCGAACGGGAGCCUUACAGCUGCCCAAGCUGGCCCCACGACCUGCCAAAGAUCUCUAAGUGGAGUUAUUAAAGUCCAAUCCAACAAUUGCCCAAAGACGGCCACAGCUAAAUGCAGUUGUGUUAAUCUAUCCGAAUUUACGAUGUACAGUAAUUUCACUUACCACUAACUAUAAGACGUUAUGAUGUUGAAAGAGUUAUAUUUACAUUAGAUUCUACUUACCUUUAUAACUACGAUUAAGCAACGGCUUGACUGAGCCCGGUUCAGGACAACAAAUAUACCGAAAUCGCCUUGGUAUAUGAUAAACUGCUGUCCUCUUUCAAUAAAAAGGAUGUCUUUGACCCACGGGGAUUAUCCAUUUUCAAUAAAGCAAACAGCAAACAAAAUUAA